UGACCCGCGGGCAGGCGUCCCGCAGGCUUCUCGCCGCCCCGCCCCGCCCGGCCCCGCCGCGGGACGGGUAACGGUUACCAAGCACUUUCUCAGCCGCGAUUUCUGCUUAGUCAUUGUCUUCCUGGAAACGGUCCCUUCAGUUGGGAGUCAACUCUGAGGCGGCAGCCGCAGUAGCAGCAGCCGCAGCCGCCGCUCCGCCACCGUCCGGCCUCCCUCGGUCCCGAGCGCAGGCCGAGGUCCCGCCGCGUGGGGCCGGCAGCCUCGCGCUCGGCUCUCCCGCCUCGGGCACCGCGUCCUGCGGGGCGGCCUCCUUCCUCGCCUGCGACCCCGUCGCCUCCUGGCUCCUUCGGUCGGCCGCUGCCAUGGGCACCGACAGCCGCGCGGCCGGGGCGCUGCUGGCGCGGGCCCGCACCCUGCACCUGCAGACGGGGAACCUGCUGAACUGGGGCCGCCUGCGGAAGAAAUGCCCGUCCACGCACAGCGAGGAGCUUCGAGAUUGUAUCCAAAAGACCUUGAAUGAGUGGAGUUCCCAAAUCAGCCCUGAUUUGGUCAGGGAGUUUCCAGAUGUCUUGGAAUGUACUGUAUCUCAUGCAGUAGAAAAGAUAAAUCCUGAUGAAAGAGAAGAAAUGAAAGUUUCUGCAAAACUGUUCAUUGUAGGAUCAAACUCUUCAUCAUCAACUAGAAAUGCAGUUGACAUGGCCUGUUCAGUCCUUGGAGUUGCACAGCUGGAUUCUGUGAUCAUUGCUUCACCUCCUAUUGAAGAUGGAGUUAAUCUUUCCUUGGAGCAUUUGCAGCCUUACUGGGAGGAAUUAGAAAACUUAGUUCAGAGCAAAAAGAUUGUUGCAAUAGGUACCUCUGAUCUAGACAAAACACAGUUGGAACAGCUGUAUCAGUGGGCACAGGUAAAACCAAAUAGUAACCAAGUUAAUCUUGCCUCUUGCUGUGUGAUGCCACCUGAUUUGACUGCAUUUGCUAAACAAUUUGACAUACAGCUAUUGACUCAUAAUGAUCCAAAAGAACUGCUUUCUGAAGCCAGUUUCCAAGAAGCUCUUCAGGAAAGCAUCCCUGACAUUCAAGCACACGAGUGGGUGCCCCUGUGGCUACUGCGGUAUUCAGUCAUUGUUAAAAGUAGAGGAAUUAUCAAAUCAAAAGGCUACAUCUUACAAGCUAAAAGAAGGGGUUCCUAACUAUGACUUAGGAUCAUAACCUACUUACUGACUUGUAGUUUCCUUGAAUAUAAGAUAAAAUUGAGAUGUAUAAAAAUCUGGUUACUUCCUGUAAAUGCUGUCAUGGAGGCAGCUAUUCUUCAGUUAUAUUUGACAACAUGUUAUCCGUCAAGUUUUGAAUACUUCUCCUGCCUCCAUAUCAGUUCACUCACCUGAACCACUGUAUUGUUUUCAUUAAACUAUUAUUUUCUAAUUGAAAUUGCCUAUAAAGAAAAUACUUGCAAUAUAUUUUUCCUUUAUUUUUAUGACUAAUAGAAAUCAAGAAAAUUUGUUGUUGCAUAUAUUUUGGGCCUAGGCAUCAGGGUAAUGUAUAUACAUAUUUUUUAUUUCCAAAAAUUAAUUAAAGGCUUCUUAUUCUAUAGUAUAACUAAGCAAUUACAAUUGUUAAGAUUGAAAUACUGGAAGAUAUUUUUUCUGUUAUUAAUGAUUAUAUCCAGAGUAACUGGAGUAGCUGGGAUCCACAGUAGUGUAAAUAAAAUUCAUUUCUUCAAUACAUGAAUGAAAACUUAAACUUUAUGUGUCCUUGCUUGUAUUUACCUAUAAUGAUUUAACCUUGUAUUCUUGUGCCAUAUUUUCCUUGCAAUGAUUUCCAAGACAAACCAAAGCAAAUCUGAAAAAGGAGACUAGAAGCUUUGUAAUUAUUAUUUGGGGUUUUAUAAAAGCAACUGUUAUCAUCUCCAGAUUCUUUUUAAUUCUUGGUCCAUCCUUAAUAUUUUGCUACUCAUUCAAGAAUAUUCAAAAGUAUUGAGUGUUUACCAUGUACUGGGCAUUGUGGGCUAUGGGAAGUGGGGGGUAUAAGCAUUCAGAAUCAGUUGAGUAAAAUAGGUAAUAUUUGCUCCCCACUAAUAACUGGCUAGGAGGUACUAAAAGCCAGAAAAGGAGUGAAAAAAAUCUUUAAUUCAGGGCCAACAUUGUCUUUUUGGACAACUUUUUUGAGAUGCAGUCUUAACUAUUUAAAAACAAAAUGGUAUAAUACAAACUUUAGAACUAGAAGAGGCUGUAGAUUAUUUAUUAUAAUUCCUCAUUAGUUUAAGAACCAGAAGAUAGCAAAUAAAUAAGCCAUGACCUCUGAUAUAUACUCUAUGUCUCCAUAGUUCUAUAAGUUUGUGUCUGUCAUCCAAAUAGUUUGAAAAUUUCUUCAAAAAUCUCAUAUCUCAAUCAGUACUUUUAAACCAUGUGUCCUAAUACAUGGUUUAUAAAAAUUAAGAUAUAAAACUAAUUUUGCCGAAGUUUUUUCAACUUAGACAAAAAAAAAUAUGGUUUCAUAUUCAAAGUAAAUACACUAGACUCUUCCUAUUCUAAACAAGGUUUUAUAGUUUACUGGUUGGAUAAUUUCAUCAUUAGAAUUAUAAUGUGAAAUCAGCUGAAUUACUUGCUAAAACUCAUUUAAACUUAGAGCUUCCUAAAGCCUUAUAUAGCCUUUUUAGUAAUUGUAUAUGUUAUUGAAUGUAUAUAGUUAACUUCUUUUUUUAACCUGGAAAUGUACAUUUUUUUCAUACAACCUAAGUUUUUAAACAAAUGUUCAUUUUAAUUUAAGCCUAAACAGUGAAUUGGUCAAGGUAUUUUAAGAGGGAACUUUAAUAUCACAUUUUUUUUUUAAACCCUAGACUUACAGAAAUGGAUUGUUUGAAGGGUUAUUUUGAAGAUAAAAAAAAAAAAAAAAACUAAUGUUGCUGAUUUAUGCAAGUGUCAGAGGAGCUUUUUUGUGUGUUCUUCUCUCCCCCCUCUCAAUGAAGAAGCAAGAUUAUAGUUUCAUGUUGUGAAGGGGAUCAGGUAGAUAUGGAAUUUUAAGAUUAUUUUUUUGUUUCACUUCUGUACCUUUAAUUUCUGUUUUUGAAUAACCUGUAAAAAAUGAUUUUUUUAAGGCUUUACAAUUUUCCAAGCUGAUAUUUGCAUCUUUUUUUCAUAAACUAUCAGAAUAUAGUGAAUACUUUCCAAAUACUUAAGGACUUAAUGUUUAAAAAGCCAUAAAAUAAAGAGCAGUAAUACUACCAAAUAAUUGCUUAAAGCUGAAAGCUAAGUUAUCAAUAGUGUAUAUAACAGAUACGUUUUCUCAGGAGAGGUGUGUCCAUGACUCAAUAUAGAAAGAAUUUAUAUAAUUGUUUUUUUUCCCCAUAAACAUGAAAAGAAGCUACAGCUUGUUAUUACAUUUCCAAAAUACACUGGAGCCUUACUUUAACACAAUGUACUGUAACUUAGAAUUUGUUCUAUGAUGAGUCUAUCUUGAAUUCCCAUCCAAGAAACUAUAGUCACCAGAAGGACCAAGGUGUCUUAUAAAAUACGUUCACAUUGUGUAAAUUCUGAAGACUACAUUGUGCUGGUAUCCAAGUUAGAGUAUCCAUUUAGGGAUGGCGGGUGCUAGAUUGAAUCACAAGUAGCUAAUGAUUUUUCUGUUCUCAAAGAUCACUUAAACAGCUAUGUAUGGAAUAGAAAAUAAAGUUACUCUAUUUUGCAUAAAUGCUGAGACUUUUCCCUACCAGAGCCAAGUAGUAACUGAAAUAAGAUCUUUGUUUUCAAUGAUAAAGGCUUAAGUCUCAUUUAAUUACAUCUCAUUUUUUAACAGAUUUCUUUCCAACUUUUCCACCUAGCAUUUUCAAUAUUGGGGAAUGUAAGUGAUUGAUAGUUUAUUAUAUAUUUGCCGACAGUUGAUCUCUCUGCAAAUUGUAUGUUUAGAGAAAUUUGAAGUUGUUUUAAGGAGAAUUUAAACCAUUUGUUUUCAUAAGCAAAUAUACCAACUUAUGAUUCUGAACCUCUUUUUUAAAGUUAACUUCCUAAUGUACCAGAACUUUUACCUGUCAUUUCCCCCAUAAAGUUGAUGAUGGGAUAUGUCAGUUUUAUUUUUGAAAACUAUGUAACAUAAUUUUCACUAAUAUUUUUUAUAGUUUUCAGAAUUAGAAAUACACUUAGGGGAAAAUGUUUUCAUUAGAUAAUUCUACUUUUAUGUGUCUGUAGUAGUGUAUUAUGAAAUACAGGCAAAAUAAAAGCAUUAAUAAACAUGUUUAUAAUAGUCUUUAAUAUCACCUAUGAGUAUUAAUGAAUUACCUAAUAAAGUGUGUUGUAUAUUUUUUAACUGAGUUGAAUAGCGUAAGCAUCUAGAAUAUUAUAUUGAUUUUGACCUAUUUGAAUUCAUAAACAAUAUGAUUUGAAAAUUAUGAAUAGCUUUUAAGUAUCCAAGCCAUAAAGCUAUUCAUGCAUUCAUUCAUUCAAUGAUUUAUCAAAUGCCUACUAUAUGCCAACCACUGUGUAAGGUUAUUGGCAGAUAAACAUAGAAAUGAAAAAGAACCUGUGUCUUCAAGGAGCAUAUAGUAUAUUGGGGGGGGGGGGCGGGGAAGAGAGAUCUGUACAUGAAUAAGCAAUAAAGGCUGCAUCUGUUAAUGACUGAAGUGGUGAAAAGGGAUUGGGGGCAUAUGGAAGGAAGUGGGGCUAGGGAAUAUCUACUGCUAGGAGACUCCCUGAAGAAAUUAGUCUUAGAGUAGGAUGACAGAAUAGGUGGGCAUUCUGGCAGAGGCCUUUGUUUGCCUCAUUUGUAAAUAUGCUUUUAUUGAAUGAUGAACAAUUUAUAUGUAAACUUUAGAAACUCAGUGAAAACACUUUCUUAGAGAGCUUGCCCCUACAGAUAAAAAGGAAUGGCUUCUGUUGAGACAAGAGUAAGGUUGGAAAAGUAAUGUUUUAUAAUCAAGAGGCUAAAACUUGCCCAAAUCCCCCACAUAGAUCAGAAUAUGGCUGUUACGUAGUUUCACUACCAGAAAAGUCAAACAAAACUUUAAUAUGUAUCUCUCAACAAUGAAUAAAUGUAUAAAAUGUCAUACAAGA